AUGGACUCGCCUUUCUUUCCCCUUGUUCCUUCCACUUUGGCUUGCCCGACUUCCUUCCCCCUUCCUGUCCCCGGGCUCCCCGGUGCUUGUCAGCGGUGCCGGUGCUCGCACGUCCACUUGACGGCUGUCGGCAGGGAAAGAGCUGUCACCAGGGACGUUCUUAACUGGAAAACUCGACUGAUAUUGGCAGGAGCUGGAUUGGAAGCAUCAAAUCCAUUGGCUCAACAGUAUACAACACCUCAAGACGGGCUGCGAAAUCGGCUGAAGCUCACUCAACAUAUCCCCCCUUUCCCCUGGGCAACUUGA